AUGAACAAAAGGAGUAGUUCUGGUGGAGGGCAAAGUUCUUUAGGGUACCUGUUUGGGUCCGAUGACUUAGGGAAACAACAAUACGAUCAAUCUAAAGUAUCACCACCACCAGUUUGUAUGCCGCCAUAUGGCACUGAUGAUACUGAUCAGAAGUCACCGGAAAAAGCCUUAACUCCUAUUACCAAGAAAGGUGACUCCACCUCUCCCAAGAAAUAUAUAUAUCAUGGAGAUGGUAAUAAAUCAAAAGAGUUUUUGGUGACUGGCCGACCAUCGACAAAGGUCAACUCAGUUCCUGGUGGAGAUUCAUCACUUGGCUACUUGUUUGGAGAUAAGUGA